CCGAGGCGCGCAGUUACACAAACGCAACGCAUCACCUCCUGACCAAUCAGAUUCGAGCAUUCAAUCGCGCUUACCCUUUUAUAGGUUUGCCUUCAUAUCAGUUCUCAUAGAUAUCAUGCGCGGGUUUUUUUUUUUUCCAUUUUCCAGUCCUGAUCUAUUUAUUCUGUAACACUAUGAUUUGCAAAAUAUUAACCUAUGCGUUCACCGAUUUUAGUACGAAACUACAUUUCCCAUAAGGCCAUAGUGAGUGAGGAGUUGUGCGACGGCCGGGAUCAGCCGCAAGGGGCUUUACUCAGUUGACAUCGAGCGCUUUGGGAGGCGCAGCGGCGGAUAUACGCACACGGAGUUAGAAGAAGUUUUUCCACUUCUAAUGAGAAAGAAAAGGAGCAAAUAUUUGGUGUCUGGAUCAUCGGGAUAGAUCGGGGAUUGGGAGAGGAAACACAGCGACACGAAGUCGUGCCUCGGACUGCAGGAUGCCCUCUGUCCCUCUCGGGGCUUCAGCGUAUUUAUGCAACGCCAUGAGACGGGGAAAUGUUCAGGCUAGCUCACCAUCGAGCAGAUCGAAGUCGAUUUGAGAGCAAAUAAGCCCAUCGAGACAUUUCUGAAAUAGAAAAACAAAGAAAAGUUUGAUAUUUACUUCGUUUGGAGGAAGAAAAUCGAGCGUUUUGUGGUUUGGGGGGAAAAAGUGCGUUCGCUUUUCUCGGGCUCGCACACAGCCGGUGAAUCAACGCUGCUCAGAGCCACCGAAGUUGAGCGGACAUCACCGCUGAGGUGACAAUGCUCGAAAUAAUGUCUGAGCACCAAGAUUCAUUACUGAAACGCAAAGCGGAGCCUCUGCCACCAGAGAGACGAAAGAGGACUGUGGAAGACUUCAACAAGUUCUGUAGCUUUGUCUUGGCAUACGCUGGUUAUAUCCCGUCUCCUAAAGAGGAAAGACCAUGGUCUCCAGCGUCCUCCAGUUCACCACACAGCUCUGGCACCUCAGGUGACGGUGGAGUGGGAGGUGGUGCCAGUUCGAACAUGUCUCCGAGCUGGGGCGAUGGCAGCUCGGAUCUACACACCAUUCACACUUUUGUGCAAAAAGCCCGCGCCAACAAAAGUGUCAAGACCAUGCAGCGCCUACCUUCCGACAGCACCCUGUUGGAGAAAAUGAGGUUAAAGGACUCUCUCUACAAGGGCCAAGCGAGCAGCAAAGCGGAGCGCAAGAAAGACAAAAAGCUGAAGCGCCUCUCUCUUGGCUCAGGCGCAGGAGACAGCAGCAGUAGCAGCGGAGAAAAACGCGCACGAAUCAAGCGCAGCAAAAACUCCAAGCAACCCAAAAGCCUUAAGAAGCUUAAGAACUCUGCACUCAGCGAGACGGAGUCUGAGACCGGACUCGGCCACGGAGAGGAGCACGCAGAUCAGCCGGGAGAACUGCAGUCCCAGAGACCCAGCCUGGUGAAGUCGGAGCGCGACGAAGCAAGCAGAGAUGCUGAAAUGAGUUCCAGCGAAGGCGAAACGUGGAUUGCAGAUGAGGAUAUAAUGGUGGAAUCAGGCGACGACUCGUGGGAUCUGAUCACUUGCUACUGUGGGAAGCCGUUCGCCGGACGACCCAUGAUCGAGUGCAACCAGUGCAGCAUAUGGGUGCAUCUGUCCUGCGCCAAAAUCAAGAAAUCCAACGUCCCAGACAUAUUCUACUGUCACAAAUGCAGGGACGCGAGGCGAUCGGGCAAUAAAAAAGAGAGUUAGAGAAGAUGCCGGAUUCAGCAGAAGCUCAUUGUUUCCGUCCUCCAUUUAAAGUAUGAGACAAAAACACUGUUUUUGACCUGGGAUGGUCUUUUUGAGUCCCCCCCUUCCCACCUCCUCGCGCAUCAGUUCUUUACAGAAUUUUGACAAUCAUAUACACGGCUAAUAACACAAGGGAAAUUUCUUCAUGUUUGUACACAAACAAACGUGACUCUUACUGAGUGUGAUCUGUGUGCCAGUUCAGUCUGAUCAUCAGGGAGUGUUUAGUGCUGGCUUUCUAGAAGAGCUAAAAGAUGGUGAUGAUUUUGAUGUAUUGUGGUGUAAAAGCCUUUCAGGAAACAGAUCCUUAGAAUCUAAAGUUUGUCUGUUUGCCUGAAGAAGCGGUCAGUGUAUAGGUUGUAAUUUCUGUUGCUUGUUUUCUCACACAUUUCAGUUUUGCUCUCAAAUACAUGAUACUUGAUAUUAACAGAUAUGCUUUAUUAAAUGAUUAGCUCUUCUACUAAUUUUUUAAUCUCAGUGCAUGUCGGCGCCUUUGCAGUCCUGUCACUAACUAGCACUUAACUAUCAACUCCAGAUCGUUCUGUUGCGGGGAACAUCCUAUGUUGGACUUGAAAUUGGAACUUUCAUAUUGGAACAUUUCCAUUGGUUGCACUGCUGGAGUCUUACCAAGCGUAAGGUCCGAAAUCGUGCAUCAACUAAUUUCGUUUAAUUUGAAGGAAGAUUUCUGAGACGAAUGAAUGAUGUUUAAGAGCUUUGCAACUGCCACCUGAGUGUUGAGGAUCACUUUACACUCCCAAUUUACAGUUUAGUUGUAAUUAUUAUAAUUUUUUUUUAGAGCUUAAUUUGGGUUUUAAUCUCUUGUAUAAGAUCUGGUUAAGGUCACAUACACCCUGAGAGUUAGUGGUUGUGGAGCUGCUUCAGUUCAGAGAGUAGAUCUUCUUGUGUACAGAAAAGAGUUUAUGUUGGCAUAUUUUGUUUCUAAUGUCUGUCUCUCUCGCUCUUUUUUUUUUUUUUUUUUUUCCUCCUGUGAGGGGUUUAAUGACAUUUCAGAACAUAGACCCCUCUUCUAUUUUACUCUGUAAAUACCAUAUCCUUCAGAACUGUACAUAUGAAAACAAAGAGGAAAAGCCAAGCAAAUGUUAUAUUUUUGGCAUCUGAUGUUUUCUUUAACUGUACCUUAAGAAAUAAAGCCUUUUCUUUAUUGGGUAUCCUA